CAGCAGUAGAAACUUUAACAACAGAAAGCUUCAAAAUUAUGGAUGAAGAUGAUAAUGAUUUUAAAGUAGAUCAAACAAUAGAAGAUACUAUAACAGAAGCUGAAGAAAAUAUUGUUACAGUUGAAACGAUAAAUGAUGUAACGCCGGUAACAGAACCAGAACCAGGACUAGUAACAAUUUUAGAUGAUGCGAUAGCAAAUGAUGUAGUUAAACAAUUAGAAAAAACCCAAUCCAAAAAUAUUGAUAGAGCUGAUAUUGAUUUAAGUAUAGAAGGUGAUGAGAUAGUAGAAGAAGAUAUUGCUGGACCAUAG